CAUUGCCCGUCGUCCUCGUCGUCCUCCCUCGACUGACCAACGAGCAGGCAAGUAAGUGUAUAGGAAAGUAAGUCAGGACUCCCGUACAUAUACACGCACUACGCAAAUUUCGACCGUGCAUGGCCUCCAAUGGCGUACCCACCAGCACCAGCACCAAACACCGCUCCUGCGCCGAUAUCGUCACCGCUGCCCGUAUGCGCUCCCACGAGAAGCGCGCACGGCGCACCAAGCAGCCAUGGAUCACGCUUAAGCUCGCAGUUGGCAUCGCGGGUGCACUUAUCGCGUACGCCUGCUAUGUGUAUAUUGGGAGACUUUGCGUGCCUAUGAUCAAGCGUAACGGAUCAGGAGACGCGUUGGGUGGGAGAGGGACAGGAGAUCGGAAGGAUGAUGAGUUGCGGGUUUGAUAGCUUGCUUACCUGUGCUCCCCGCGACAGUGGCGUUUCUCGUAGUGUUUCUCUUGCUCGGGUUCAUGCUCGUCUGGGCUUAUAUUAAGGUUGUGUUCACACCGCCAGGAUUCGCAAAAGAUCAUGUCACAUCCGCAUCCCCACCUACACCCUCUUUCUCUUACUCCUAUUCUUACAGAGGUGCUCCCGCACCUCUCGACCCGACCUCCCCCAACGCCGCCGACGGCGCACAUGACGAUGCCGAGACUGAGACUAUAGGCAUCCCGUAUGCAGCGACGCGUCCCCACGCCUCGCACUUGCCUGCAGUCAUAGUUGACGCAUACGACCUGAGUUACAGCAGCGUCGAUCGCCGCCGUGCGCGCGAGGCCGCCUUGCCGGCGCUGAACACUGGCGCUGAGCGCGGCACGCCCCUCGUUCAGCCAGAGUCGUCCAUCUCUGCUUCCCCCUCUGCCGAGCCAGAACAUGAAACAGAGGAGGGAGGUACCACGCCAUCGUCAGCGACGCCCUCACCAGCGAUCACAUUUGCCCCGCCCGAAUCGCCCUCUGCGUCGGCGUCGACGUCCCACACACCGUUCACCUCUCACGACACGCCCGCCUCUCCCUCUACACACGCCGAAAAGCGCUCCCGCGCAUCGCGGCACCCCGCCCACCCACACUCGCAAUGGCAUACGCAAGGUGCCGGCCAUCGGGACCAAGACCAGGACCGCAAGCGGUACAAGGGCCGUGGGCGUCAGGCGAGCGACCAGGGUGCUGAGCGGGCAAGGUAUCAGGAUGCGGAUGCGGAGCGCAAGCGUGAGCGAGGGAGGAAUGGGAAUGGGGAGAAGCGGGAAAGUUUCAGCAUGGCCGUCAUGC